CGGUUGUUGGGUAGUGGGAGAAAUGAGUAGGUGAAAGAUUUUUAUUAUUUUUUUUUGUAUUUUAAUAAAUUUCUAUUAAAAUAGUAUACAGUCUAUUAAUCUUUACGUUACUGAAGACGACGAUCCACUUACACGGUAUUUAAAAACAUGGAGUAUAAAGUGGAAGCACAUCGGAUCAUGAGUAUCUCCUUAGGGAAGAUCUACAACUCCCGAGUGCAGCGUGGCGGGAUUAAGCUGCACAAGAAUCUGCUCGUCUCGCUGGUUCUCCGGAGCGCCAGGCAGGUGUACCUGAGUGACUACUACGGCGGCGUGUGUGUGAGGUCCCCGCAUGCCGGCGGCGUGGAGUGGGGAGAAGGGGACCAGAUGGACUCUGACGGGAGCAGAUCGACUCCCGACGAACACGGGGGGGAAUCCGCACUUGUUUCCGACGACUCUGUACGAAUUCCAGAGGUGUCAGUAAAUGGACCCGCAGCGGCCGUCGAGGGACAGGACAUCGAGGACCUGGCGCCGGGUUCGGAUUAUAACUGCCAGCAGAGUCCGCAGGAGGACGUGGGCUCUGUUAAAACCGCCGUGUCUGCGAAGCGUCCCGACGCGUCCCCGUCCCCGUCCCUGUCCCCCGGCGCAGCGGACGCCGAGGGAGAGAACCAGGAGGGCAGUGGGUCGGCGGAGACGGGCGGUCCCGGGUCUGGUUCCGAGCACUGUGUGUCUCGGAGCGAGAACUCGCAGCAGGGCAGCGCCGAGGUGACAGCGACGUGCUGUACCAGGAAAAGAGGAGCCGAGAGGUCAGCGUCCGCAGGGUCCCCCGUGAAAAGACCGAAAGCCACCGCGGUCCCUGCUCUGCCCCCGGUCGGCGGCGAGGGCGAAGGGCCGGAAGACAUGGACACGGGCAACGUCUCUAGUCUCAUCACGAUAUUCGGCUCCAGCUUCUCGGGACUCCUGAGCAAGGAGGGCGCUCAGCCCGCCACCGACUCGGAGGACAGCGACUCGGGCAAGAUCUGCUGCGAGCAAAUGCUCCCGAACCUGAACCCCUGGAGUACCGCCAUCGUGGCUUUUUAGAAACAAACAAACAAACAAAAAACUCUGAUCUGCAGUUUUACAGGUGAACUACCUGGACGGUGGAGCAACGUUUAAUAAGGUCUGUAAAUUGUAAAACCUCGAUCACUCCUACUCCCCAUCGGAGCUGCUCUGAACCACGUGCAGAAGCAGGAAGCGUUCUGCGCGGGACUUCCCCUCCGCAUGCCGGACGUGGUGGGCGCGCGGAGCCUGUCGAGGCAUGUCCUCGUGUCCUGAUCGGGGAGUCGCUGCGAACGAGCCUUUCUCCAGAGAAGCCGGGGGACGGAGCGGUCAAGUGCAGACACUCACUGUACCGUACCUGUUUCCAGACAUGGAGUCGAAACUACCUGUUUGUUACACUUUGCACACUUUACAGCAAGUUCAAGUUAAGUCAGGUGCUUUUUUUUUUUUUUUUUUUUUUUUUUUUUUGCAGAAGUUUUAAGGUUCAUGUAAAUAGUUUCUAUGUUCGUGUAAAAUGCUGGUCAACGUGAUCAAAUAGUUGUUAUCGACCAUACAAGAGACAUGAACAUCUAGCAUUGGGUGCUGGAUCCCUAUGUUGUCAUCCAUACAACGUUGUUUGGUCUGUUCCACCACUGUCUUUGUUUUAUAAAGACCUGUAUAUUCGUAGUGGUAUGCUUGUAUGGACUGUUUGUAAAUGUUAUCUAAAUCUGUAUUUUGGUAUUGCUAUGGAUUGAUAUUUGCGUGGUCUACACGUAUUAAAUCUUAAUUCUUUUUGAACGAAAA